AUGAUACCGAACAACCAAGAGACCCAAUCCCACAACCCAGCACGGGCAGAUGAGAAAACGCGACUCCACGAGACCCACUGUGAUCCUUGCGGAGAUGUAACUCUGGUAUCCAAUGACGGCGUAGAAUUCCGUGCAAGCAGUUUCCAAUUUUCCAAGAUCAGUAAAUUCUUCUCAGACGCAUUCAGUCUUCCUCCUCCCCCUCCUUCAUCAUCCAAAGAAAGUCGCGAACCGAUUCCUCUCGAUUUCCCUGAGAAUACUAUGUCCCUUUUCCUCGAUCUGGCCCUCAUUCCUCCGCACUAUCACUUCACCAUAUUGAACGACAUCGACGACCCUCUACUUCUCGAAAGUCUCUUGGACCUAGCUGAUUUUGCGAUAUGUGAGGGCCUCAAACCGUCUAUCGAUUCAGCCUUGUUCGACCUUAGUGAACAAUAUCCAUUCGAAGUUCUUACUAUCGCUUCCAGAAGGAGUCAUACCUUACUCGCCAAACGGACUGUCCGAAACCUUCGUCUCCUUGCAUCCUUCAGGAUUUGGGAAGACAAAGACCGUCUGGGUCGUAUCAAAGACCAAUUCUCGGUCCUCAGUCAAGAAUAUCAAUCUGAAUUGUUCAUAUUGCUCUUACAUCAAUGUCACGCGAGAGGAGGAAAUGCGGCCAGUGUGGGCUUCAGUUACGAUGACUGGUGUAAGAUCAGUGAUCGAUUUGACCCAGAGGUACCCAUCCGCUCCAAGAUUCUGGAAGUACCAGAUGAAGAUGAGUCGGAAAUAGAAGACUGA